CUAUGCAAUGGCUAUACAAGAAGAAAGUCAAAGGAAGCUAGGACAAACAGAAGGAGGUAAAGAACCUCUCACAAUGAUGGCAGGAAGAAGUGCUCAACCACAUAAUUUCAAUAAUCAAGUGAACAAUAAUCAGAUGAACUUGCAUACUAAGAAGACUCAGAGUCAGAACUCACUUGGUAGAAGGAUGGGAUUAGUUUGUGAUCACUGUGGUUACAAAGGUCAUACCAGAGAAAGUUGUUACAGAAUUGUAGGUUUUCCACCAGAUUUUAAGAGCAAGAGGAAGGGUUCUGGAUCUAUGAAUGAAGCAUAUGCAAAUAAUUUUACUUCCGAGUCAUCUGUUUCUGGAUCUGGAUCAGCAUCAAGCUUCUAUUUUCCAGGAGGCUAUUUCACAAAGGAACAAUAUGAGCAAGUCACUAAAAUGUUAUCUCCUGCUCCACCUACAGGAAACUGCAGGGCUGAGGCUAAUGCUGCAGGCUCUCUUUACUGGAGAGGUGAUUGGGAUUGGUAAGGAGAGUGAUGGCUUGUAUAUUCUCAGACAAGAAGUAAUACCUACUAUUGGAGCAGCAUUCAAAAGCAAGAACUCAGAAGAACAUAAACUUUGGCACCUUAGACUAGGACAUCCAUCUUUGAAAGUAUUGCAGCAUCUACAUAUAUUGAAGAAUAAAUUGGUUGAGACUGUACAUGAAGAUUGUUUGAUUUGUCCUUUGGCAAAACAAUGUAGACUCAA